UCAGUCUGAACGUCUAUCACUAGUUUCAGCUCCUCGGCCAACGCUGUGUGCUCUCGUGGCGUCGUUUGUUUACCUUUAUUUACGAAGAAUUUAAGUUUAAAAUGGACUCGAGUGUAAUCGCUAUUAUUAUGGCGUCUCUUGCCCUCGCGUUACUGGUGCUUGGAUUCAUCUACCUUAUAUGGCGAUUAAAGGGUCUGCGCCACGAAUUUCUCGAGGAAAUUGAGGAGCUAAAAAAAUCACCUGGAGAGCAAGUGCCUCUUUUAAGAAAUCAUGGCUCUGUAGAGGCAGGGGAGUUUCGUGGUGCCCAGUCUACCCAGAGAGCAAUGGCUGGACCAGGUGCUUCACAUCCAGCUAAGAGGCCCACACAAGCAGACCUCAUAGAGGCAGAGGAGGAGUUUCUGAAGGAGAGAGAAGAAAAAUGGAGAGACGUGGAUAAAGAUCGUGGUGCCCAGUCUACCCAGAGAGCAAUGGCUGGACCAGGUGCUUCACAUCCAGCUAAGAGGCCCACACAAGCAGACCUCAUAGAGGCAGAGGAGGAGUUUCUGAAGGAGAGAGAAGAAAAAUGGAGAGACAUGGAUAAAGAUCGUGGUGCCCAGUCUACCCAGAGAGCAAUGGCUGGACCAGGUGCUUCACAUCCAGCUAAGAGGCCCACACAAGCAGAACUCAUAGAGGCAGAGGAGGAGUUUCUGAAGGAGAGAGAAGAAAAAUGGAGAGACGUGGAUAAAGAUCGUGGUGCCCAGUCUACCCAGAGAGCAAUGGCUGGACCAGGUGCUUCACAUCCAGCUAAGAGGCCCACACAAGCAGACCUCAUAGAGGCAGAGGAGGAGUUUCUGAAGGAGAGAGAAGAAAAAUGGAGAGACGUGGAUAAAGAUCGUGGUGCCCAGUCUACCCAGAGAGCAAUGGCUGGACCAGGUGCUUCACAUCCAGCUAAGAGGCCCACACAAGCAGACCUCAUAGAGGCAGAGGAGGAGUUUCUGAAGGAGAGAGAAGAAAAAUGGAGAGACGUGGAUAAAGAUCGUGGUGCCCAGUCUACCCAGAGCAAUGGCUGGACCAGGUGCUUCACAUCCAGCUAA